AUGUUAGCUCCUAUUAAAGCCUCAGCAUCGCCUACCAACGUACCUUCACGACUCCCAGAUCAGCCUCUUCCGAAAGACUCAUUAGGUGUCAGGCCCAAAUCGCCUCCGCUGCCCCCGCGCAAAUACGUGUCUGGUCUUCCUCCCACUUAUCUUCGUCACCUGCGUGGUUUACUGCAUCAAUGGCUAGAACAGCAAAUCCAUGCGACUGGUAAUGAGGCACUACCUACAGCUCGACAUGAUCCCGCGCUGGAUGAUGAACGCCUUUGGUCUGAAGGUCAGGUUGAGUGUAUAGAAAAGGCCAUAUGGGAAGGAGCUGUCCUCCCUCGUUCGUCGCAAGGAAGGGAUAGAUCAGGAAGAGGUCUUCUGGAGCUUGACUGGCGAGAAUGGACAAAAGGGGCUUUACGAAGAAAAGCCAUUUGGAAGCAAGCUCAAGCUAGUCAUCGUCAAACAGAUGACGCAGAGGAGAACCUAAGCAAAGGAUCUGAUCCAAAGGUCGGCAAAAGUGAACAGUCAAGUUGGAAAGGCUCUAUCAAAGACAAAGAUAAUGAAUCAUUGGGGAAAGGUAAAUCGUCUAUACCAGGAUCACCAUUUCCCUCUACAUCGUCUCUCACACCUCUGCGAUCAGCAAGUCGACAAUCAUCAUUCGCCUCGAGCUCCAGGUCAACUAUCAGUGAAUCGAACCCUGUCACGCCUCUAUCUUCUAGGAAACAGGGAGAAGUCAAUGAAUGCAGAGAUGAAGGCGAUGAGCAACGGAAUGAAUGGUGCAAGAUCGUCAGCACUCUUAAAGGUUUCAAGAGGUACUCCAUAAACAAUAGGGACGAAUGGGAAGUAGUCGAAGACAGGUUUCCGCAAAUUGAUACCAUUCAGCGUGAUGUUCCAGGUGCUUUCCCUCAAACUUCGCACUACGAUUGUGGAACUUCAGACAAUCAAUAUCAUAUGACCGAUUCUCCAUCCGACAGCAACUUUUCCAAUCUUGGACUGCCGACACCCACUUCCUUACCUGAGCGAUCCGUUCUUGAUAGUGAGAUCCUGAAACCGGUGUUUUGCCUUCAUUUCCCGUCUGAUUCCUACAAGCAUGGUGGGAGUAGUAGUACCCUACGUCUGAAAAGGGAUAAUUCUCUCGGUAAGCGGUCACAGUCUAGUUUAGGCUCAAAUAGUGGAAAUAAAAGUUGGUGGAAUGGUUCAGGAGGUAGAUGGAGUGAAAUGACUAUUGGACCUAAUCUCGAUUCAAACUCUGAACUGCAACCUGAGGUUGAUUUCAUGGAGGGUCAAUUCGCUUCACCUUCAAUGGAUAGCGGAGUGGGGACAUGGAGACAAAGUAUGGUCAACGCAACUAAUAGGAACAGGAAAGGUGUUUUGGAUUCUUUUAGAGGAUCUCCCGAGACUUCAAGCUCUAUACAUGAAGAAUCGGCAGACCAAUCGGGGGUAGAAGCAGACCAAUCGGCAACGGAGGAAUUUGAUGAAGAUAGAAACUCCACCUGGUCAGGAACGCAAAGGGGAUCAUCGAGGAAUGAGAAAGAGUCUCUGAGCGUGAUAUUGUCUGGGGGUGAGGAUGAUAUACCUCGAAAGGAGGCAGAAGAUGGUAAGAUUGCUGUUGUUGGAGGUACGAUAGUAGUGAGAGGUGUCAAGAAACAUCAGGAAAGGAAGGCAUUGGAAGCAAUUUUACACCUCCUUAUUUACACAAUACAGAGCAUGAACAUAGAACUCGAACUUUUGGAUGCAUUCCGCAUACCUCGCGAACCGGACGAACCGCCUCUUCCAUUUAACAUCAUGCAUAAAACGAUGCACCAUCCUCCCGCACUUACAGGCACACGCGAUUCGACCGAUAUACAUCGAAAUCACUCCUUAAAAGAAAGAAAAGGAGAGAAUCCGAAGGGAUUCUUUCGUCGUUUAGGGAAAGACACUAAGCAUGUGUGGGAAGGUUUGCUGGGUAAACGACGAACAUCAAAUUCCCACGAGAUCCCUCUACCGACUUCGGCCGACGACAAGAUUGGUCUACCUAGCACUCCUGUCACGGGCAUGUUCCUCGAGAGCCACAAGGUCCAGAUCUCCCCGUCUUCUGUCAAUCUGCCUAAGGCAGGAUUACCGGAGAAGUCACAUAUACCUCAUCCGACGGAAAGGCAUAUUGCUAUCUUAUCAAAGCUUGAAAGCCAAAGCCAUUCAACCACUCCUGGAUUGAUUAUACCCAUGCCACCUCUCCUUCUUCGAGUGAAGGAGGAAGACCGCGUGAGGCAAGAAAGGGCGAGACAGGAGAUUCAUGAGGAGGCAACAUAUGUAGUGGAUGGUUUACCCGGCAAAAGUCCGACUCUAUCAAGGUCAUCCACAUUGAUGAAUGACAGUAAGCCUACCGAUCCUUUGCGAGGACGAGCUCUAGGCUACAGGCUUGGUGGUGAUGUGCGAGCCGGUCUGGGAGCUUUGUCGAGCGGCAUAGACACUUUCGAAGCUUGGAAUAAAUUGCAACGCCUAGAUACGCUGUUUGCAACGGGUCUCGAAGUGAUCUUGGAGAAUGGCGAAAGGGAAGUAUAUAUUUGUGAAAGACCUACUCAUUCUACUUUUAUAUAUUGGGAUGAGGAGAAAGACAAAACCAUCGAAGAUAUCCUGAAUGAUCUAAAAGACGAAUUCAGUGAAGACAACAUGGUUUGUGCACGACCUGGAUGUACCGCUUCUUCGAACGAACACCUAAGAUGGUGGGUCCACGCGGGGAAGAAAGUAGCACUCCGAGUGGAGAAAAUGGACAAGCAAGAUAUGAAAUAUGGUCAGAUAGCUGUUUGGGCAAAAUGCAGAGAAUGUCAAAGAGUUAGUGAAGCGAGAGAUCUCAAAAGCAUACCGAAGUCCUACUCUUGGGGUAAACUCCUUGAAGCAUUGCUAUACACUCAUAUUCUCCAUCCUCCUUCCCUCUGUGAGCAUGCCGACUCAACCUCAUACUGGUUAAGAUCGUCUUCACUCGUUCUCUCGUUGUCCGUCGACGAGGUGCCGAUCUUGGAUACUCGUCUGCCAAAAUUGCAAGUCGGACCGAAUGUCGCCAAGAGGAAAGGCGGUAAGGAGCAAGUGAUCACAGCUAUGGAAGGCUUGGUGCGAAAAGAAAGGGGGAUUGCAAUCAAUCAUCGACUCGGAGAAGAGAUCAACGAUUUCUUUGAUGGGAUGCAGAAGAGAUUGGCAGCAUUGCGAUCGCACCUUGACGAGAAAGGUAAGACGUGUGACGAUAAAGAUUCAAAGCUUCCUCCUGUACCAAGCAAGGAGAAGGACGAGACAGCAAACUCCUUGUCAAGCCUGGAGUCCAAUCUUUUGUCAACCCGGAAUCAGCUACUGGAUCGGCUGUCCUCUGCCCCUGCCAGUGAGAUCAAUGAUAUGCGUCGAUCACUUGCCGACGAAGUAAAAAGUGCGACUUCCCGACUAACCGAUUGGUUGAGGAAGUGUUCUUGCGAUCAAGUCAUUCUUAAUGACAUUAUUUUGCCUAUUCCUGACUACGCUCGAGAGGAUGAUAUCUUUGCAUUGCCCGGAAGCUCAGUACUAGUGAGAGUGGACGAGCCAGCAUCUAUUAUCGCGUAUACGCUAUCAUCUUUGGAAUACUUCACUGAGCUUACAAACACCGCGAGACCUGCUGCCCCUGCUGACGACAAAGAGGAUGGCUCCAUAUCAACCUCCGCGAUUGCGCAUGAUACUACGGCGACGAAGGAAGGGCAGCAGAGCGAAAGCUCUCGAAAUUGGUCAGUGGAAGUCAAGCGCCGGGAUACACCUCGAGACAUCCUAAGUCUUAGGACAGUCACCAAGAAGAAAUCAGAAGCACAAUUGUCUCAACCACCUAAGCCUCUCUUGGGACUCUCGCUGGCUCCAAACGAACCAUCCUUGGAGCUAUCUCUGACACAAGUCGAAGGGAAGUCUCAAUCGUCUGACCGAAUGGGUGAUUUGGUGAAGACCAUCACCAAAGCCAUAGCGCAAGAUCCGAUUCUCACAAAGGACUCCAAAACGAGUACGGUCAAACCGAGCCGAACAGCAGGUUCAGAUACCGAUGCCAUGUCAGGAUUUCUUCUGGAGCCUAGAGGAAUGCGCAGGUUGAUGAGUGAUAUGGAGAAAUCUGCACCCCCUUCGUCUUUUCGACCUACAACCACCCGGACUGUCUCUGACACGUCUAUCAAAUCUUCUAUGCCUACGCUUGCUCACCUGACUGUUCCCAGUUCCCCUCAACCACUUGCGAGCGACACCAACAAAGAAGGCUGGGGAUCUGUUACAUCCUCCUUUAGCAACUUGUUCAACCAAUUGUUGAAACUAGGAAGUGAUGUCGGUGAAUCUAUCGGGUCCAUUCGAGUGAAGGGCACAGAUCGGUCAUUGUCCUCGUUGAUGGGACCGUUAGGCAUGAUGUCGACUGUCGAUAAUGCUUUAACUUCGACUGAUGACAGACCGCACAUCCAAUUCAACUAUACAGUGGGCGAUCGGCUCAAACUUGGUUGCACGGUAUAUUACGCCAGUGCCUUUGAUAAAUUACGUAGACGCUGUGCCAUCGAUAAGAGCUUGAUCCAGAGUCUGAGCAGAACAAACGCUUGGGAAGCGCAAGGUGGGAAAAGCAAAGCCGCCUUCUUCAUGACCCACGAUAAGCGAUAUAUAGUAAAAGAAUUGGUAAGUAAAUGGAAUGUGAGCGAUACACAUGCGUUACUGGAAAUUGCACCGGCAUAUUUCGAACAUUUAGCGGGAACACAUAAUAAAGCUACGUCUCUCGCUAAGAUUGUAGGGUUUUACAAUGUUCGCAUUCACGAUCUACAGAAUGGCACCAAACGUCAACUCGAUCUUCUAGUUAUGGAGAAUUUAUUUUAUAAACAAACCAUUUCAAGAACAUACGACCUUAAAGGUAUUGAAGGCAGAAAAGUGCCGAAAAACAAGAACUUUACUGAAAAUGAAGGGAAAGUCGAUUUGCUGAAAGCUGCUGAAGGCACUUUAUUCGAUAAUGAAUGGCUGGACGGAUUAUCGAGAGGUUUUGUGCUACUCCAACCUCACGCAAAAAGGAUAUUGCAAGAAGCCAUCUCUCUGGAUACACGGUUUUUAUCGAACCAAUCUAUAAUGGAUUAUUCUCUGCUCAUAGGGUUGGAUGAAGGUAAACAUGAAUUAGUCAUUGGUUUAGUGGAUGCAAUUGGAAGUUAUAACCUAUUCAAAACCAUCGAGAGUAGAGGUAAGAUGGCUUUGAAAAGAGGUGGUGAUGUCACCAUUAUCCCUCCAGACCAAUAUCGAGAAAGAUUCGAAAAUGCUCUCAAGCAUUACUUCAUUGCUUGUCCCGAUAAGUGGUCGAAAUCCAGGAGAAGUGGAGGAAAGCGAACCGUCGGUCUACCGUCAGUUCUUUGA